AACAACAACGUACAAUUACAUUAGUCCAAACCCUUUUUUAUCCUUCUUCAUUAAGAAAAAUCUUGGCCCCCCAUAUGCUUCUCUUCAAGUGUUUCCUUUUCCUUGUAAUCAGCACAUGCACAUGUCAAUCUUUUACUAUGAAAUAAUCCAUUUCAUCCAUAAGUUUUUCACUUUCCUCAAGUCUCAAGUCAUCUUUGACUAACAAAUACAUCACUAUCAUAUUAAUAUAGGUUUUUUGUGCAAAUCAGAUAUCUCUACGCGCAACUAUAGACACUAAUCCCUCAAGUCGGGUAUGACCAUAAUCAACUGCAAAACUCUCCCUCGAGAGAUUUUACGUUGUUACAUAUUCAGGGCUAAAUUUGAAUCCAAGACCUCCACUUACGUUAAAAGAGAUCUGAAUCAUCUCGUGCUUUCCUAUCUUAAAUGGCUCCUUUUCCGUCCAAUACAAGAUGAUUUCUUUACAUAGCAAACCCUAUUAGUCAAACCUCCAUGCACCUAACCUUUUAAGGCCAUACCACAUCUCACAUUUACAGCUUUGCUAAUGGCAAUGAACAAGAACCAAUUCUACAAGCUUGGAUAUCAAGCUCUCCCACCUAUCAUAACUCAAGCUAGUACACUUCAUCACCACCCUCCACAACCUGUUUCAGACUAUGCUUUUCCAAUAUUUGCCAUUGUUGUUCUCAGCAUCAUGGCUACCAUUUUAUUGCUCCUUAGUUACUUCACUUUUGUAACCAAAUGCUGUUCAAACUGGAAUCAAGUUAACCCGAUGAGAUGGACUUCGGUACUUCGAGCUCGACAGAACGAGGAAGAUCACUUCAUAGCAUUGUCUCCUACGAUAUGGAACCGAGGACUAGACGAAGCAGUCAUCAGAGAAAUCCCAAGUUUUCAGUUUAUAAAAGAAGAAUGUGAGGAUCAAAGUGUGUAUGGCUGUGUGGUUUGUUUGACAGAGUUUCAAGAACAGGACGUGAUAAAAAUUCUCCCUAAUUGCAACCAUGCUUUUCACUUGGAUUGCAUUGAUAUUUGGCUUCAAACCAAUUCUAAUUGUCCUCUUUGUAGAUCAAGCAUUUCAGGCAACACAACAAACACUUCAUUUGACAUUAUCAUAGCACCAAGUUCUUCUCCUCAGGAUUCUCAGUUGCUCUCUAACUUAGGUAAUGAUGAAGAGUUUGUGGUCAUUGAAUUAGGUGGAAGAGAAAAUGAGGUUCAACAAGAAAUAAAUUAUUCAAGGGGAAGCGUAGUACAUAGUAGAAAUUAUCACUCUACAAGGAAAAUGAAACCAGUUAAGUGUCACCAUAUUUCCAUCAUGGGAGAUGAGUAUAUUGAUAUCAUCAGAAAGAAAGACGACAUGUUUUCGAUUCAGCCAAUUCGAAGAUCUUUCUCAAUGGAUUCUGCAAAUGAUAGACAAGUUUUUACGGAUGUUCAAGCCAGUAUACAACAAAAUAGGCACAACCAGAAUGAUGCUAGUGCAAGUGAGGAUUGUAAUAGCAGAACUAAAAGAGCAUUCUUUCCAUUUUGUUAUGGAAAGGAAUCCAAAAAUGCAUUCCUUCCCUUAGCAGUGAUAAACAGCAGAGGCAAAUGCAGAAUGUAGACUUCUGCAAGUGACUUAGUGAGAGCCUGACACUGAUUAUUGUUAGAAAAAAAAUGCUUUUAGACAUUGCUUGAAUUACAGGGUGUGUGGUUCUUUACCUUUCUGAAGUUUUGUUUUACUCAAAGGUGAAUGUAAAUGAUUAUGAAUGAUUGUCAACACAUUAUCUCUUCUAUGUU